AUGGCCAAUUUCCCAUCCAGACCUCUCCCCUCCGAGGAGGAACUGAAGCGGUUCUUUGUCGGCAAGGAUGUGGGCGACGUGCCCAAGCCGUCUAUCGUACUGGACUUGAAUAUCAUCAAGAAGCACUGUACUACGAUGCUUCAGACUACCAAGUCCCUGGAGGUUGGAUUCAGAGCCCAUGUCAAGACACACAAGACAAGACAGCUUGCAAAUCUGCAAGUGGGAGAUGAAGGCGAUGCCAACUUUGUGGCUUCAACGGUGCCUGAGAUUGAGGCCCUGGUCCCUCUUCUCAAGGCCAUUCAACAGGCCGGUCGUCGAAUCAACAUCCUCUAUGGAAUUCCUCUUGUUCCAUCGCAGAUACCUCGGCUCGCUGAUCUAGCCCGAAAGCUGGGCAAAGACAGCAUCUCCGUCAUGAUCGAUCACCCCGAUCAAGUGGAGCAUCUGAAGCAAUUCGCCCCUAUCGCUUCAUACCCUGCAUGUGUCUUUGUGAAGGUCGAUGCAGGAUACCACCGGGCCGGAUUGCCCCCGACUGCAUUGAAUAAAGAUGGGAUGCUGGAGAAACUUGCCGAGGCAGAGAAAUCAGGCCAUGCAAACCUCCUGGGUGUCUAUUCCCACAACAGCCUCAGCUAUGGCGGCGCAAGCCCCGCAGAAGCAAUGACAUACCUCACAUCAGAGAUCGCCAGCUGCCGAAAGGCAUUGGAGCACAAUUCAAGUCUUCUACCCCAGGACCGAAAGCUAGUCAUUAGUGUCGGGGCCACGCCGCAGGUUGUAUCGUCACAGAACCUUCUGCACGAAAGCCAAGGCUGUCCCGAGGCAGAAACUCUGAAAGCUCUGUUACGCGACUUGCACGAAUCGACCAAAGUCGAACUGCAUGCAGGUGUGUAUCCUGUCCUAGAUAUGCAGCAGCUGUCCACCAACGCAGUGCUUCAGCGCGGCAAGGCCGAGGAGGAAAUUGCCAUCUCUGUUGUCGCAGAGGUUUGCAGUCUGUACAACGAUGGUGAACGGUCCAAGCCUGAAGUGCUGGUUGCAGCUGGGACAUUGGCGCUUGGUCGAGAGCCGUGUCCCAGCUAUCGGGGAUGGGGUGUUGUUAGUCCAUGGCGACGUGACGAAAGCUCUGGUCUUCUGAUUGUCGAGCGGAUCAGUCAAGAGCACGGGAUUGUUUCGUGGGAGAUGGGCAAGGCACAAAACACUACAAUCCCGCUCCAGGUCGGCCAGCCGGUCCGGAUUUACCCCAACCAUGCCUGCAUCACUGGGGCAUUGUAUGGCUGGUAUCUGAUUGUGGAUUCCAGUCAAGAUCCGGAUAGUGCGAGAAUUGUCGAUGUAUGGAUGAGAACAGCGGGAUGGUAG